AUGUCGACCCUCGAAGAGCUCGAUGAUCUCGACCGCCGGGAGAAGGAGGAGAAGAGAAGAGGAAACAAUGGCAAGAAGGCCACCGUUACCGAUGGAGACGACGAGAUGAAAGAUGCGGAGGAGAAGGACGACAUUCUCGAUGACGAAAUCCUCAGCCUGAGCACACAAGACAUCCAGACCCGAAAGCGAUUACUCGAAAACGACUCUCGGAUCAUGAAGAGCGAGCUUUCGAGGUUAACACACGAGAAGGCCGCCAUGGGCGAGAAGAUUAAAGAAAACAUGGAUAAGAUCGCAAACAACAGGCAACUGCCUUAUCUCGUCGGAAAUGUUGUCGAGCUGCUAGACCUAGAUCCCACUGCAGAAUCUUCUGAGGAGGGAGCCAACAUCGAUCUCGAUGCCACGCGAGUGGGCAAGUCAGCCGUCAUCAAGACCUCCACGAGACAGACGAUCUUUCUGCCGCUGAUCGGUCUCGUUGACUCGGACAAGCUCAAGCCUGGUGACCUGAUUGGUGUAAACAAAGACUCAUACCUCGUUUUGGACACACUGCCCGCCGAGUAUGACAGCCGAGUCAAGGCUAUGGAGGUUGACGAGAAGCCAACAGAACAGUACACCGAUGUUGGAGGUCUAGACAAGCAGAUUGAGGAGCUGGUGGAGGCUAUUGUCUGGCCCAUGAAGGAGGCGGAAAGGUUCAAGAAGAUUGGCAUCAAAGCACCCAAAGGCGCUCUGAUGUACGGCCCCCCCGGUACCGGAAAGACUCUAAUGGCCAGAGCCUGCGCUGCUCAGACAGAAGCAACUUUUCUCAAGCUUGCAGGACCUCAGCUUGUGCAAAUGUUUAUCGGUGAUGGUGCUAAGCUUGUUCGCGACUGUUUCGCCCUAGCAAAGGAAAAGGCCCCCGCAAUCAUCUUCAUUGACGAGCUUGAUGCUGUCGGCACCAAGCGAUUCGACAGCGAGAAGAGCGGUGAUCGAGAAGUCCAGCGAACCAUGUUGGAGCUGCUUAACCAGCUUGAUGGCUUUGCAUCCGACGACCGCAUCAAGGUUUUGGCCGCCACCAACCGAGUCGACGUGCUCGACCCUGCACUGCUACGAUCUGGCCGUCUGGACCGAAAGAUUGAGUUUCCUCUGCCGAACGAGGAGGCCCGAGCACAGAUUCUCAAGAUUCACUCACGCAAGAUGAAGGUUGACCCCGGAGUCAACUGGGGCGAACUGGCCCGAAGCACGGAUGAGUUUGGUGGUGCCAUGCUGAAGGCCGUCUGCGUUGAGGCCGGCAUGAUUGCCCUGCGAUCAGGGAAGAACCAGAUUGGCCACGAGCACUAUGUUGACGCCAUUGCUGAGGUGCAGGCCAAGAAGAAGGAUUACGUCCUAAUCGUGGGGCUCGCCGUAUCGGGAGCUGCUGCCAGCAACUGGUUCCCCGGCUCCAAGACAGUCUACAACAAGUGGCACGAGACGGAGCUUGAGCGAUGGCUCUCCGACCAGAACAUCCCCUACCCGUCUGCAGCUGACCGCAAGGAUCUGGAGGAUCUCGUUUCCAAGAACUGGAACAGCUAUGUUGUGGAGCCGUACAAUAGCUGGGAUGUCUCCCAGCUAAGCGCAUAUCUGCAAUCCAAAGGCAGUGAUGUGGCCAAGGAUGCUCAGAAGAACAAGGACAGCCUGGUCUCCCAGGUCAAGGCCAACUGGUAUGAAACCGAAGACUCUGCCAACUCAGCAUGGACCAGUGUCAAGGAUUGGAUUCUUGAUACCUGGACCGAUUCUCAGCUCAAGUCUUUCUGUGAUAAGAAUGGCAUUCCAGUGCCUCAACCGCGUACUCGUGAUACUCUGCUUCAGAAAGCCCGCGAGGGAUAUGCAACUCUCGCGGAAAAGGCCGGUGAAACCGCUGCCUAUCCUGGCGACUGGCUGUACUCUACCUGGACCACGUCUGAUCUGAAGGAGUGGCUUGACACCCACGGCUUCCCUGCUCCCCAGCCUACUGACCGAGACAAGCUGAUUGCUUCGGUUCGCCGCAACUCUCGCCUUGCCUAUCUCAGGGCCCAGAACGAGGCUGAUAGUGCUGCCGCCAAGAUUCAAGCUGCCUACACAUACCUCACUGACACAAUUAUUGACGCCUGGGGCGAGUCUCAGCUCAAGGAGUUUUGCGACAAGAAUGGAAUCCCUGUCCCCCAAGGCACCAAACUCAAUGAACUUCGAGCCCUCGUUCGGAAGCACCGCGCUGAUAUUCUCGGUGAUACCGUUGGUGCUAGCGCCAAGGCUUACUUUGGUGCUGCUACCUCCAACGCUCAGAAUCAAUAUGCCAGGGCGACUGACAGCGCUUCACUUGCCGCCCAGGAUGCUUUCAACCAGGCUGUCAACAAGUGGUCGGAUAGCCGGCUCAAGUCGUAUCUUGAUGCCCGCGGUAUCCCUGUUCCCCAGGCCAGCAAGUCUGAUGAGCUCCGAGCUCUUGUUCGAAAGCACGCACACAAAGCCUCCACUGGCUGGCAGGCGUGGAACUUUGAUGACUACAGCUAUGACAACCUGAAGAACUAUCUCAUCAAGAACGGUAAUGCUGCCGCAAAGGCCGCCGCCAAGAAGAAGGACGCCACCCGCGAGGACCUUGUUAGCGCUGCCCAAUCAGCCUACUCCUCUGCUUCAACUGCUGGCGGUGCCCAAUAUGCCUCUGCCACUAGCUACCUUGCCUCUGUGACGGCUGCCGCUAAGCACAACGCCUUCGACACGUGGUCGGAGAGCGAGCUGAAGAACUAUCUCGACAGCUACGGAGUUCCCGUUCCCCAGGGAUCCAAGAUUGACGAACUCAGAGCCGAGGCACGAAAGCAAGCUACCUACUUUAGAUAUGGAUCCUCUUCUCCUUCAGGCACUGUCUUUGCUAAGAUCGGAGAAACCGCCAGGGAUACAUGGAGAUGGGUCGCCGAUCAGCUGCACAUUGGCAGUGAGGUCGCUAGAGAGGAGGCUGCCAAGGCGGAGGCUGAAGCCAAGAAGAAGGGCGAGAAGCUUCGAAAGGAAUUGUAA